AUGGCUCGCCAAAUGGCCAAUGGCAAAGAGAAGUCCAUUGGAGGGGAACUCAUGGAGAAUACGAAUCUACCACUCACCACUCGGGUCAUGAAUUUUCCCCUACCUGACAAAUUCAAAAUGCCCCGAGUCAGUAACUAUGAUGGCAUAGGAGAUCCCACGGAGCAUAUGGAGAGUCUCCGCGUGCAAUUUAUCCUCCAUGGCACCCUAGAUGAGAUUUCGUGCACGGCCUUCCCCCUAACUUUGGCUGGAAGGAAGAAGAAUCCGGCCUAUCUACUCUCCCUUGUUCAAGGGAAGGAUGAGUCAUUGAAGGAAUUCAUGCUCAGAUUCAACAAGGAGAAACUAACAAUUGAAAGCCCGAAUGAGCAAACGAUACUCGAUGAUUUGAUGCAUGAAGUGAGGGCUAAGGGGCCGUUGAUGGCUGAGCUAGCGAAAAGUUCCAAAUUAGUGACUCUCAGCCAAUUCAUGAAUAAGGCUAAGGAGUACAUUAAUCAAGAAAAAACUGUCAAGGCUCUCAUGAAGUCUCAGAGAGAAGAAAUCCAAGCUAAGGGUAGUGCUGGUAUAACAGUACCGGCGAGCUUUGGAAAGAAAGAAGAGAAGAAUGUGAAGAAGUCGGGGAAGAAGACAGCCCCAUCGUAUCCGAGGAUGGAUCCUCAAAAACUGCAGAGCCCGAGGUUCACCCCACUGAAUACUAGCAUGACCAAGGUAUUCAUGGAGAUCAGGAGAGAUCCUGCCUUCAAAUGGCCAAGCAAGUUGAAAGGUGACCCUAAAAGGCACGACCCUCAAAAGUUCUGCGAAUAUUAUCGUGACCAUCGUCAGUUAACUGAGUAG